AUGAGGACCGUGUGGGACUCGGACUGGUCCAGACUGCUGCUGAUUCUCCUAGAGAUCGAGAAGAGCACCGUAGCAGGAGGACUCCAUCACCUAAUCAUCGGGAUUAAUGAGCCUGCUCCGGGACCGGGCCGCUUUCAGUAUGCAGAGCUGAACAGGGAUGGAGACGCGGAGUUGUGGAGUCCGACACAUGUGCGCCCUGACUCUGCUGCUGGUGUGCGUGUGUCCGCUGUGCUGCAAAGGCAGCUGGAUAUCCCGUGGCUCGGUGUGACCUCUCCAGGAGCGGCAGAGAAGUUGGGCUGUUCCAAUCUGCCGCUGAGCCCCAGGCAGCGUGAGCUGUGCCGGCGGAGACCCUUCCUGCUGCCCAGCAUCCAGGAUGGAGCGCGCCUCGCGGUGGCUGAGUGUCAGAGCCAGUUCAGGCAUGAGCGCUGGAACUGCUCCACCAACCAGGAGCCGCGCGUGUUCGGGCACGAGCUCACGAGCGGAACCAAAGAAACUGCGUUCAUCUACGCGGUGACGGCGGCAGGACUCGUCCAUGCCGUUACACACGCCUGCAGCCAGGGCAACAUGACGGAGUGCGGCUGUGACACUCGGCUGCGGGGCGGCGGCUCGGUAGCGGAGGGCUGGCACUGGGGCGGCUGCUCAGAUCACAUUCAGUAUGGGACGUGGUUCAGCCGCAAGUUCAUCGACAGCACCGUGAAGAACACAUCGAUGAGCCGCGGAGGAUAUACGCUGAGCACCAUGAACCAGCACAACAGUGAGGCUGGACGACAGGCAAUCGACCAGACAAUGUCCACAGACUGUCGCUGUCAUGGCAUCUCCGGCUCCUGCGCGGUGAAGACAUGCUGGAGGAUGAUGGCUCCGUUCGAACGCAUCGGUACGUAUCUGAAGGACAGGUAUGAGCACAGUGUUCAGGUGACGGAGCGAUCGAGGAGGAAGACGAGAAGGAAGGACCAGCACCGCCUCCAUUUGGACAAACAUCAGCUCAUCUUCUUCAACAAGUCUCCAAACUACUGCCUGGAGGACCGGCGGCGGGGCGUCGCAGGUACCAGAGGGCGUCGCUGCAACAGGACAUCCUCAGGGCCGGACGGCUGCAACCUGCUGUGCUGUGGCCGAGGAUACAACACACACGUGGUCAGACACAUCCAGCGCUGCGAGUGCAAGUUUGUGUGGUGCUGCUAUGUCCGCUGCAGGCGCUGCGAGAGCAUGAACGACAUGCACACAUGUAAGUAACACACCUGGAAACAGCUGCAGGGAAAGGGCCGACAUCACAGCUGUAAAUACCAAAAGCACACCUGGAAAACAUGUGGAAUAGGUAGCACACCUGGAGGGACCUCAGCAUCAUACUUGGUAACAGAAGAACAUCUGGAAAAGGCAACAACACAUAUGGUAAUGAAAGAUUUCUGGAAAGAGACAAAAAGCAAAUCUGGAAAUAUGAGUCGGCUCAAACUUGAACAUCUGGAAUUAGAUGACUCCCGAGAAUCAGGUAUGGACAGAGGUCUUCAGAUUCUCCUUGGACCAAUCAGAUGCACAGAGGAUGACAGCUGAGAACAGAGCAGAACAUCGAUGAGCACACUGUGAGUCUGAGAGGUGAAGCUAUGGAUUUACCUGUCGAGAGGGUGAGGAGCUCAGAGCAGAGCUGCUGCUGCUCCUCCAUAUAGAAAGGAGCCAGCUGAGACAUCUGACCAGGAUGUCUCCUGCAUGCCUUCUAGGUGAGGCAUUUCAUUUUUAUCUGUGGGGAGACCCCGGGCAGACCCAGGACAUGCUGGGGAGUCAGUAAAUCAGUCUGGCCUUGACUCACCUGGUCCUAAACUACCGGAAAGAUGAAAUGCUGAAUUAGCCAAAAACCAGCUGCCAGGUGUCAGUUUUUCAAAGCAGAGUCUGAGUUUCAGAAAGAAGAUUUCACUGCCUGAGUGUUGUCAGCAUU